UUUUAGGAUUAUCUAAUUCCUAGCAGCUCAAUCAUUAUCAAAAUCAAUCAAUUAAAAAUAAAAAAAUAAUAAUAAGAAUUAGGAAGGGAGGAAGGAAGAUCAUUCUUAGGUAGGAGGAGAAAAGCAGCUAGCUUGAAAAGAGCCGCUGUCUUUUUGAUAUAUCAGUCGAGGUUUUGAAUUUUUAGAUGGCGAUACUAUACGCGCUGGUUGCGCGUGGAUCGGUGGUGCUGGCGGAGUUUACGGCGGCGUCUACGAACGCUAGCGCGAUUGCCAGGCAGAUUCUAGAGAAAAUACCUGGAGAAAACGACUCUCACGUUUCGUAUUCACAAGAUCGGUACAUCUUCCACGUCAAACGCACCGAUGGACUCACCGUUCUUUGUAUGGCUGACGAAAGUGCCGGGAGGCGCAUUCCUUUUGCAUUUCUUGAAGACAUUCAUCAGAGAUUUGUGAGGACUUAUGGCCGAGCUGUCUUUUCAGCCCUUCCUUAUGGCAUGAAUGAUGAAUUUUCAAGGGUUUUGAGUCAACAAAUGGAAUACUACUCGAGUGACCCUAAUGCUGAUAGGAUAAAUCGACUAAAAGGUGAAAUGAGUCAGGUGAGAAACGUAAUGAUAGAGAAUAUUGAUAAAGUUUUGGAGAGAGGUGAUCGGUUAGAAUUGCUGGUUGACAAAACUGCCAACAUGCAAGGAAAUACCUUUCGCUUCCGAAAGCAAACUCGCCGUUUUAGAAACACAGUAUGGUGGAGAAACGUCAAACUUACGGUUGCUCUAAUAAUCCUCCUCCUAAUAAUUAUUUAUGUUGUGCUGGCUUUCGUUUGCCAUGGGAUCACACUACCUUCAUGCCUAAAAUGAGGUCAAGAGCUUGAGAUUCAAACUCCUUCGGUACUUGCCCCCUUUCCUCUUGCUUAUAGUUUUAUUUGUUUGUUUUUAGUUAUAUGUAAUGUUUAUGUUGAGUUGAAUUGAGUUGAUUUUAUUGUUUAUUUAUUCAAUGUGAAGAGCUAGAAAUGUCAUGCUUGUUCCUGUGUUACCAUGUUUCUUUUAGGAAUUCGACAUUGUUUGGUUUUCUUUUGAAGACAUGGCUUGAUUACUCGAACUUUAUGGUGUGUGUGUGUUUACUUUUGGGUUAAAAGUCUAUAUUUUUCUUCA